GAUGGCUUGAGACAGCCCUAGCUUGUAAGGACAAAGGUUUUUGGUUUACUACACGGGGAUGAGUUUCAGCUUUCAAAGCCCUGUUUGAUAGAACUAAAGCAGACUCCAAAAAGAAGACAAAAAAGGGAAGAAAGAGAUAAAAGCAAAACAGAGUAAUCAAAUAAGGUUAGUUUUCUUCACAUUGAAGGAGAGAAAGAAGGCUAAGGAAAGCAAGAGAUAGAGACAGCCAUGAAAGGGCCAAAAGUUGGAAACAGUGGAAAGAGAUAUCUGAAGAUAAAGACCCGUCCCUUCUUGUAGAGUAGAAACUAGAUAUACUCUGACAAGAAAGCUAGCUUUGAUUUCCAUCCUUUCCUCUCAGUUGUGCUCUUCUCUGAGUACAACUUCCUUUCCUACCUCUAGGAUUCAAUACUAAACUGAGAUAUGGUAAGUAGAAUGGUCUAAAAAAGAGAGUCUUGCAUGGCUAGCUACAGAGUUGGAGAGACUGGUUUAUCAAACUCAGUUCCCUCGAAUCACCAUCUCCCUUAUGCACUUGUUCAUGGAAUCGACACCCCAUCAGCCAAUUUCAUUAAUCAAGAAGGAUCUGCUUUUGAUUUUGGAGAGCUGGAAGAAGCGAUUGUGCUGCAAGGAGUUCAGAUUAGGAAUGAUGAAGCUAAAGCACCUUUAUUUACAGUAGCAGCCAGACGUGCAGCAACACUGGAAAUGUUCCCUUCAAGGCCAAUUAGAUCCCAGCAAACCCCAGGAGUAGGAAGUUCAAAGUCAGGAGGGGAGAGUACUGACUCAGGCUCAGCAACAAACACUCUUUCAAGCAAAGCUGAUGCCCUUCUGGAACCGGAAUCUCCCAUCAGUAGAAAGGCAUCUUCCUCGGAUCAUUACAAUCAGGCUUUUGAUCAGAAGCAUCUACAGUUUCAAGAUCAGCAACAAGUAGAUAUGGCUAAUGAUACAUCAAGAACAGGAGGACGACCCUCUCAACAGAAUCAAUCACCUGCCAAAACUCCCCAAGAAAAGAGAAAAGUUUCAACAUCAGAGAAACCACUUGAUGCUAAGACAUUGAGAAGAUUAGCUCAAAACAGAGAAGCUGCAAGGAAGAGUCGACUGAGGAAAAAGGCAUAUGUCCAACAGCUAGAGACUAGCAGAAUAAAGCUUUCUCAGUUAGAGCAAGAUCUUCAAAGAGCUAGACAGCAGGGUUUAUUCUUUGGUGGCUGUGGUGGUGCUGGUGGCAAUAUCAGCUCUGGACCUGCAAUAUUUGAUAUGGAGUAUGCAAGAUGGCUAGAAGAUGACCACCGGCAUAUGUCCGAGCUCCGGACAGGAUUGCAUUCUCAUUUAUCUGAUGGUGAACUACGAGUUAUAGUAGAUGGAUACAUGUCACAUUAUGAUGAAAUUUUCAGGCUCAAGGUAGAGGCUGCUAAAUCUGAUGUGUUUCAUCUCAUCACCGGAAUGUGGUCCACUCCGGCGGAGCGUUGCUUCCUCUGGAUGGGUGGUUUUAGGCCCUCAGAACUCAUCAAGAUGUUAAUAUCCCAACUAGACCCUUUAACAGAACAGCAAAUCAUGGGGAUUUACAGCCUUCAACAAUCUUCACAGCAGGCAGAAGAGGCUCUCUCCCAAGGCCUUGAGCAGCUCCAACAGUCUCUGGUUGACACCAUUGCCGGUGGACCGGUCAUUGGUGGAAUGCAGCAGAUGGUAGUGGCCUUGGGCAAGCUUGCCAAUCUUGAAGGGUUCGUUCGCCAGGUACACAUAUCAUUAACCUUUAUUACAUUGAUUGAGUAGCAGACAUAAACAGACAAGGGCUUGUGAGGAGAGUCCAAAAACAGCACUUUCAGUUUAUGUCAGAAUUGGAGAGUGGUGUACUUCAUUUCAAAGUUAAGCUUAGUGCUCUUUGAAAAUGAUAUUGAAAAGCUGCUAGCUAGCUCUCAAGUCUAGAGGUUGAAAUAAGAAACUUAGGUGACACAGUAGGGUCUUUCUCACAUAAUUUUCAUGAAAGCUAGCUCCUACAUAUCAUGCUUCUGAUCAUUAGCAACAAGGUGAUGCAUCAACUUUAAUGUUCAUGUCAUGUUAAUAACAAGGGCUCAAAUUCUAGUGGAAGCUAUUUGGUACAGGGCUGAGAUAACAUUUCAUCGGGGGAGGCAACAGAUAUACUUUAAACUACAAUAAUAUCCCUCUCAUUUGAUCAAGUGAUAGAAGAUUAGAUGUUGAUUUGUCUUAACACCAUGAUUAGAGAUGUGUUUGAUGACAUUAAUCAUAUGCAAGUGAACAAAAACCUUUCGAAGUAGUUCUAGUUCAACUAUCAACAAAGAAGAAGGGUUGUAGUAGCUCAAAUGUUCCAUUCCAUUAUAUAUCCAACAUGACUAGCUUGUUUUGAGCCGCCAUUUCUACACCUUACACCCGAGGAGCAAGAGUCCCAGGGUUUACAUUUCCUUGAAGCUUGAUUUAACAUUUUUUAUCGAGUUUUUAUCCAAAAAUAUUAAGUGUUUAAUUUAACUUAGUCAACAGGACAUGCUACAGUCAUGUCCCCAAUGUAAUGAGCAUGGAUUAAUUUGUCCAUCAUAUAAAUAUCUGCCUUGGAAGAAUGGAUAUUGAUUGUAUUGUCACCAUCAAGCUUAUGGUCAACUUGUAAAUUUACACAUCAAAAUCGAUCCUUCCCGUACUUGUUUGCCACGUUUAGGGUGGAUGGAUGGUCCCUUGACUUGCACUAUAGCUUAUUUUAAUUUUAUAUGGCCAAUCAUUUUGGAAAGAAUACAUGUUUACUUUUCUGCUAAGAGGUCCAUUUUCAUAAUGUGACUGCUAGGGUUUUGAUGGGAGUGUUUCAUCUAAUAAAACGUCGCUAUCAUAAGGGUUGUUGAAAUACACAAACCCUAGCUAAACCUAUCAACAACAUUAAACUAAUCUAGAAACUCUCUAAUUCUUGAUCAAUUGAGAAUUAAUUAAGCAUCUUGUGUAUUUAUCUUAUUAUGGUUUUGAAUUGUCCUAAUCUGCUAGACAAGACAACUUCAUGAGCUUCAACCUCUUUGAAAUGUUCACACAACUGUUUGGGACCCCAUAUAGCUUCUAUUUGAUUUAUUCUUCACAAUUGAAUAUAUUUUGUCCCUCCUCCUCCUC